AUAUCGAUAAUUUAAUCUGACGUUCAAAGCAAGCCUUUUUUUGCUCCACUUCCCUUGACUGUCGUGAUGGGUAGAAGGUAGGUAGUCGAAGGCAUCUUGGAAAGAGUGUUCGGAAGGGAGGUCAGGAGAAGGAUCUUUCCAUUGAGCGUUGAGUCUUUGCAUCCAUAUAGUUCGGAUUCGGGUAUCCAACUAGUAACUCUUUGCAGGAAGGGAUGUGCUGGGCCAUACCUUGUAAUGUGGGUCAUCACGCAAGUUCAUUUCGGUUCAGCUUGUAAAUUUUUUUCUCUCUUCUUUUUCUCUUCGCCUAUCACAUUGAUAACGUGCUACUACUAAUAUUAGGGACUUCCUGCGUUCGCUGAAAAUGUAACCUGCUUGAAAUUUCCUCACUUACUUGUCAUCAAUGGAAACCUAUAUCUCUACAUGCCAUUUGUUAUCAAUGUAGAACUUCCUUUCCAAUUUUAUAGCUUUGCUUAACCUCUGUUCGUCUCCUUCACCGGGAUGCCCUUGACAGCCGCAUGAAUUGAUCAAAAUAAUAGCUUUUGAAUGAAUGAUUCUUGAGAUAUAUAUACAAAAUGACAGCCGGUGAUUUAGAAAACAAACUCAAUGGGAACGUUCACCCGAUCGGGGUUUACCAAAGUAAGAUUCCCUACUUCCGCAUGCUCAUCGAUCAAGGUGCUGUCACGCAGGAUGUCCUCCAUUUCGACUACCCCGGCUCAGGAACAGAGGAGGAUCCCUAUGUCGUGUCCUGGAUUCCAAACGACCCCCGAAAUCCUCAGUUAUUCAGUUUUGCUAGGAAACUAACCCUCACACUCGUCGUCGCCUUCUCAACAAUGGUUGUCGCAUUGACGUCUUCUACAUACAGUGGCAGUGUUGGAGAUAUCGUUACGUAUUUCGAGGUCAGCACGGAGGUAGCUACCCUAGGAUUGUCACUGUUUGUUCUGGGUUUUGCCGUGGGCCCCCUAUUAUGGGCUCCCAUCAGUGAGGUUUUCGGGCGCCAAAGACCCUUCUUCAUCAGCUUCUUAGUUAUGGCUGCGUUUUCAGCCGGCUGUGCUGGUGCUCAGAAUAUUUGGACCUUAAUCAUCCUGCGCUUCUUCUCAGGUGCAUUCGGAUCGGCGCCGUUAACAAAUGCUGGAGGUACGAUCUCCGAUAUGUUCUCGGCCCGGCAGCGUGGUCUGGCACUUAGUUUGUAUGCUGCAGCCCCAUUCUUGGGGCCUGCCCUGGGUCCGAUUAUAGGCGGGUUCUUGAGCAUGAACGCUGGCUGGAGAUGGGUGGAAGGUCUUCUUGCUGCCUCUGGAGGUCUCGUGUGGCUCAUGAUGGCACUGGCAGUUCCGGAAACUUAUGCACCUCUGCUACUCCGGCAACGCGCUGAUCGCCUGUCCCACGUCACAGGCAAGGUCUACCGCAGCAAAAUCGAGCUCGAUAAAGGAAAAAUGUCGUUAGACACUCUACUUCGGAGAUCACUCUCCAGGCCAUUGGCAUUGCUUUUCACAGAGCCUAUUGUCCUCCUCUUCGCCGUCUACAUCGCCAUCAUCUAUGGCACACUCUAUAUGUUCUUCGCCGGAUUCCCAAUUGUAUAUGAGCAGGGACGUGGUUGGAACCCCGGCGUCGGCGGCCUCGCCUUCCUCGGGAUCAUGAUUGGCAUGAUCAUAGGUAUCAUCUUUACUGUCCCCGCCAAUACGCACUUCAUAAAAAUACAAGACCGACUCGGCGGCUUCGCACCACCAGAGGUCCGACUCCUCCAAUGCAUGGUCGGGGCUGUAGCCAUCCCAAUCGGCCAGUUCUGGUUCGCCUGGACAGACUACCCCUCGAUCCACUGGGUCGUGAGUAUUAUCGGCACAGCGCCGUUCGGCUUCGGCGUCAUCCUCAUCUAUCUCGGCGUCAUGAACUAUUUGAUCGACUCGUACACCAUCUAUGCGGCGUCUGUACUAGCCGCCAACGCCAUAUUGCGGUCUAUCUUCGGCGCCGUCUUCCCUCUUAUCACGAAGUAUAUAUAUGAGGGUGUCGGUAUCCACUGGGGACCGUCUAUCCCUGCGUUCCUAUCGCUGCUGUGCAUGCCCGCACCUUUCCUCUUUUAUCGCUACGGAGCGGCUAUUCGUAAGCGGUGCAAAUACUCCGCUGAAUCGUUCCAUUAUAUGCAGAAGCUGCAAGAGAAUGCGACAAACACGGCCAGCACAGACGCGAAGCCACCAGCAGCCCAGGCGAAUGAAAAAUCGGGUCCAGAGACAAAAUGGAUAGUUGAAUCUCGUUGACAAGAGCUGGCCUCUUGGGACGGUUGUAAAUAGUGCAGGUGGAUCAAAAAUGUGCAUACAUGUGGAUAACGAGUACUAUAGAGUUAUUUCUUAUAAGAGCGAGCUUAGAUUGCGUUGAUUAAUAGACACUGCAACACACUUAUUGGGCUUCCUUGGAAC